AUGCAGCAGCAGACACAGCAGCAGACACAGCAGCAGCAGCAGCAGAAGCAGCAGCAGCAGCAGCAGCAGCAGAAGAGGAUGAAGCAGCAACGGCAGCAGCAGCAGCAACAGCAACAGCAGCAACAGCAGCAUCAGCAGCAACAGCAUCAGCAACAACAGCAGCAGCAGCAACAGCAGCAUCAGCAACAACAGCAGCAGCAACACCAGCAAAAGCAGCGGCAGCAACAGCAACAACAGCAACAGCAGAAGCAACAGCAACAGCAUCAGCAGCAGCAACAGCAACAGCAGCAACAGCAGCAACAGCAACAGCAGCAACAGCAGCAGCAGCAGCAGCAGCAGCAGCUAGGGUUUAGGGUUUGUGGUUGA